GGUCACACUUCUGCUGCGAUAUGCAAAAUAAUAUUAAAAACAUUGGGCCAAAAACAAGUUGCGUCGCUUGCACACGUUGCAGUUUUAUUGGCAUUGGCCGAGUGAAAGCCAAGCGCGCGCCCUGAUUAUCCCGAUCGAUUUGCUAUGUUCAGGGCCAGAUCACUUCUCCCCUGGAUACGAAGCACUCUGAAAGCAACCCAGAAACUUCAGGCGGAAACGUCAAAAUUCGUAGGUCUGCGGCUGGGAUUCAUAGGGCGAACUUAUCCAACUCUUAAAGGACAGGACUUUAGAGGCAUGGCCACCGGAGGAGAAGCAUCCAAGGAGGAGCCACCCAAGAAGGGCAAUCGAUUAGUCUCCUCCAAGUCGCCGUAUCUGCUGCAGCAUGCCUACAAUCCAGUGGAUUGGUAUCCUUGGUGCGAGGAAGCCUUUGAGAAGGCCCGAAGCGAGAACAAGCUAAUCUUUCUGUCGGUGGGCUACUCCACCUGUCACUGGUGCCAUGUGAUGGAGCACGAAUCCUUCGAGAGUCCCGAAACGGCAGCCAUCAUGAACAAGCACUUUGUAAACAUAAAGGUGGAUCGUGAGGAGCGUCCGGACAUUGACAAGGUCUACAUGCAGUUCCUGCUUAUGUCUAAGGGCAGUGGUGGCUGGCCCAUGAGCGUCUGGCUUACCCCAGACUUGGCUCCUUUGGUUGCGGACACUUAUUUUCCACCGAAAUCCCGCUAUGGAAUGCCCUCCUUUGGCACUGUGCUGGAAUCCAUCGCCGAAAAGUGGCGAACCGAUAAGGAAGUCCUAGUGCAAGCAGGUUCUACUUUGGUGAGCGCUCUGCAGAAGAACCAGAAUGCCUCGGCUGUGGCUGAGGCGGCCUUCGAGCCGGGCAGUGCCGAGGCCAAGUUAUCCGAAGCCAUCAAUGUCCACAAGCAGCGAUUCGAUCAGACCCAUGGAGGCUUUGGCUCCGAGCCCAAGUUCCCGGAGGUGCCUCGUCUCAAUUUCCUGUUUCAUGGCUAUCUUGUUACCAAGGAUGUGGAUGUGCUGGACAUGGUGCUGCAGACUCUGGAUCACAUUGGCCGCGGUGGCAUCAAUGACCAUAUUUUCGGGGGCUUUGCUCGCUAUGCAACCACCAAGGAUUGGCACAACGUGCACUUUGAGAAGAUGCUCUAUGAUCAAGGUCAGCUAAUGGCGGCCUUUGCCAAUGCCUACAAGCUGACCAGGAGCGAAAUCUUCCUGGGCUAUGCGGACAAGAUCUACCAGUAUUUGCUUAAAGACCUCCGGCAUCCUUUGGGCGGCUUUUAUGCUGGCGAAGAUGCGGAUUCGUUGCCCACUCACGAGGAUACUGUAAAGGUAGAGGGAGCCUUCUACGCCUGGACCUGGGAUGAGAUACAAGCUGAGUUCAAGAAACAGGCCACUAGGUUUGGGAACAUCUCGCCAGAGCGGGCUUUUGAAAUCUAUUCGUACCACUAUGGCCUGAAGCCGUCGGGAAAUGUGCCCGCUUUCAGCGAUCCCCAUGGUCACCUCACUGGCAAGAACAUACUUAUUGUGCGAGGAUCCGACGAGGAGACCUGCUCUAAUUUCAAUCUGGAGGCGGAGCAACUGGACAAGCUGCUGGACACAGCAAAUGACAUCUUGCAUGUGCUGCGGGACCAGCGACCGCGGCCACAUCUAGACACUAAGAUCAUAUGCGCUUGGAAUGGCCUGGUGCUGUCAGGACUCUCCAAGCUGGCCAAUUGCGGUACCGCAAAGCGAGAGCAGUAUAUGCAAACGGCCAAGGAACUCUUGGACUUUUUGCGCAAGGACAUGUACGAUUCGGAGCGAAAGCAACUCAUUCGUGCCUGCUACGGUGUGGGUGUGGGGGAUGCAAGUCUGGAGAAGAAUGAAUCCCAAAUAGAUGGCUUCCUGGAUGACUAUGCCUUCCUCAUCAAGGGCUUGCUGGAUUAUUACAAGGCUUCAUUGGACCUCAGCGCCUUGCGUUGGGCCAAGGAGCUGCAGGAGACGCAGGACAAACUGUUUUGGGACGACCGAAACGGAGCCUAUUUCUUUUCGCAGCAAAAUGCGCCCAAUGUCAUUGUGCGUCUAAAGGAAGACCACGAUGGAGCCGAGCCCUGUGGCAACAGUGUCUCCGCCCGCAAUCUCACCCUGCUGUCGCACUAUUACGACGAGGAUGCCUAUCUCGAACGAGCAGGAAAGCUGCUGAACUUCUUUGCCGAUGUCUCGCCCUUCGGACAUGCUCUACCGGAGAUGCUGUCAGCUUUGCUGCUGCACGAAAACGGUCUCGACCUGGUGGCCGUGGUGGGACCGGAUUCCCCCGACACUGAACGUUUCGUGGAGAUUUGCCGCAAGUUUUACAUACCGGGCAUGAUAAUCCUGCACGUGGAUCCCCUGCAUCCGGACGAGGCCUGCAAUCAGCGGGUGCAAAAUAAAUUCAAGAUGGUCAAUGGCAAGACAACGGUUUACAUUUGCCACGACCGUGUGUGCCGCAUGCCAGUCACUGAUCCUGCCCAGCUGGAGGAGAACCUGAUGGCAAACUUCUUCACGGAGCGCGUGUAAGCUGUGGGAAUUACUCGAAUUAGGCUUAAGGCAGUCUACAAAUUAUAAAAUAUGUACGUUGUUAUUUGGGCUUCCAAAGCGCAGAUCAGUUCUCGGAACUAGAUGUAAAUAGUCGUUAAUAAAGACAGAAGGAUACAAACCCU